AUGCAUAUUUUUUGGAUAUCGUUCUUAGUACUACAAACACUUUUACUCUGUAAUCUCUUUAAUGGUUGUGCACUUGGAAGUAAGAUUUGCAAUGCAUCAUCUAUUCACCUAAUUACAAGUGAAAAGUGGAAUCAACCUAUGAGAAUACGAUAUCCAGCUGAUGGUGCAGUAUACGGUGUUACAAUUCAUAAGCAACUACUUGCAACUGUUCUGGACAACACAAUUAUUGUAUGGAAUAUAUCUUCCAUAAUGACACUUAAAGAUUUUCACUGUAUGCAGUUACCAGAACCAGUACAAAAGAAGUUAUUAGAAUUCAAAUUCAUUGAUGAUGAAAUGUUACUGUAUUGCGAUGUCACGGCGUGCAGGUUAUGUGUGCUGACUUCCUUAAACGAACCGUGCAUAGAUUAUCAUUUGGCACUAAACAAUAAGAAAGUUGAAAAAUUAAUGUAUGCAGUAGCUGCAAAAGAUUCUAAUGAAAAUGUAAUUAUUCGUUUCUCAACUCAGAACACUAAUAAAGCUGCUAUUCUCAAAUUUCAAUCCCACCAUUUUAUUGGAAACUUCCACAAAAUAUCAUCAGUGCAAUCAGCAGAAGACAUACAUAUAAUUGACAGACAUAAAUUAGCAACCGCAUUCAAUCGGCAGGGUUAUACUUAUUUUGUGGGAUCAGCGCGUCGACCUUAUGAACCUUACAUCAACGCUAAAAUGGAAGAAACAAUUGUAAUGUCAGUUAUCAUUACUCGAGUUUGUGACGGUGAUCAUACACACCAGCUGGAAUCUCGCAUUGAUAUGGCACUUGUCUGUGGAAAUAUCAGUUCACAAACAAAUGUUCGUACCUUGGCAGCUGAAUAUAAUCCACAAAGCGAUAGCUUGAUAGUUGUUUUCCAAGCGCUUGAAACUGACUACAAUCUAGCUUGUAAGUACUCCAUGGAUCAUGUUAAUAAUGCUUUUGAUCAAAUAUGGAUGGGAUGUCAAAAUAUUACUUACAAGUCCUCUACAAAGGAAUGCCAAAAAAUUCAAAAUGAGAAAGAACUGCCUGCUCAUUGUUUCAUAUUUUCUCGAAGAGCAGAUGCACAUGCUAUGAGGACCUGUUCUAGAUUUGGUGGGAGAUACUCUAAAGAGCCGCUAAAUAAUUGUGAUCUGGAAUUAUUUCCAUCAUCUGCAUAUCGUUACGGUUGGUUGGAGCAGUUUUAUGGAUUAAAAGGACAGCUCAUAGCUAUUUUCCCCAAUUUUGAAGAAGAUAUAUUAUCCGUGAAGCAUUUUCAUGAUGACAAUGCAUUAUUUAUUGUUCAUACUGGUGGCUAUUUACAGCGGAUAUCAAUUCAAAAGAAUCAUACAGCAUCAUCAUCCUUGUGGGCGCUUCAACUGCAACGCAAGCAGCCCAUCAGGCAUAUGCAUAGUUUCCGAUAUCAAAUCACAGCAGAUUUCGACCGCAAUCGAAUUUAUUACGUUCAAGACAAUGAGUUAAGCUAUACCGAACUUACUUGUUCCUAUUUUUACGAUACUUGCGACUCACUGGAGCGAUUGGACUGGUCUGAUCCAUUACACUGCCGUUGGUGUGCUAUGAAGAAUGGUUCCGGUUAUGCAUUUUCUGCUGAAAAGGGCGACGACACCUGCCCAUUUUACGUUGUUGAUAGUCUGUGUACGCCGUUUAUUGAACAUGUAAAUAUUCCAUCAACUCUUACCAACCAAACGGUAUUUGAAGUAUAUGGUGGGAGAUUUGAUCGACUGCAAGAUAUUGAAGCUAAAGUAUGCAACCAGUAUUGUGCAGUUUUGGUUUUGGGAUCCACAAAAUUGUCAUGCACAGUAGACAUGACAAAUAAUGCUGCUCGGGACUGUAAUUUUCAUCUGAAUGGCAAACUUGGAGCUCUUGGUCCCUUUACUGUCAUUUUCGAAUUGCCACAAAAACUUCAUUUUCAUAUUGCAAACACCGUCUUAGCAAACACUGCUAAUCAUUAUUCCAAGCGCAGCAGAGCAGUUGCAGCGAUCUGUGCUGUGAUUGUACUCGCAUCUCUUAUCGUACUCAUUUUACAUGUAACUCGUCGAUUAUAUGAACACAAACGAAUUCGAAUGAAACAUUAUGGUAAAAAUAGAUCAAGCACAGAAGUUGAUGAAAACCAUGCAGCAUUUGUCGAUAGCAGUCUCUUUCGUGGGCUUAGGAGAAAUGAUGAUCAAAUAAAGAACUUCAAUCCAUACGAAAACCUUUUCCUCGAGAUUGAUUCAAAGUUGAAAAUACCAUUAAAAGAUCUGGAAUUUGGGGAUGAAAUUGGAAAAGGAAAUUUCGGUAUUGUAUAUCGAGCAGUGUACCGAAAGGCUAGUAAUGGACAGUUAAUGGACGUUGCGUGUAAAACCAUUGAUUCUCAUAGUGAUGGUGUGAUAACAGGAGUUAGCGAAUUUUUACGAGAAGGCUUAAUUAUGGCCAAUUUAAAUCAUUUAAAUGUAGCCAGACUUGUUGGUAUUUCCGCAACUGACAACAGUUACCCAAUCAUUGUCACUGAGUUUAUGGCCCAAGGCGAUUUACGACAUUAUAUUAUCAACCCCGAAAAUAAACUCACAUUUGGUAAUUUACUUGACUUUGGCAUCCAAAUCGCACGAGGAAUGACAUACCUACAUGAGAAACAAUUUAUUCAUCGCGAUCUUGCAGCACGAAAUUGCAUGUUAGAUGCAAAUCUCACCGUUAAAAUUGCUGAUUUUGGUUUGAGCCGCGACGUAUCACGGUGUGGAAUGUAUCAAACCAUUCAUAGAGAUCGUGGAAUCCCUAUUCGAUGGAUGCCUAUUGAAUCACUUGAAAAACAACUGUACACAUUUAAAGCAGAUAUUUGGGCAUAUGGAGUUGUAUUAUGGGAACUAGCUACACGUGGUUUGGUACCAUACGCAAACUUGGAAUUUACUGAUAUAUUGCGCCUGUUAAAAAUUGGACAUCGUCUAACAAAACCAAAAGGAUGUCCCGACAAUUUAUAUUAUCAUGUGAUGAGGCCUUGUUGGACUGAAGACCCGCAGUGUCGACCAACAUUUUGCGAAUUAACGGAAAUGAUGGAAGACGUCGUGAGACAACUACGUCGUGGGAUAUCAGGUGGAGCACUUCUGGAUAGCCAUUAUGAACGGGUAUCAGUACGUUCAUUUGCUACUUCGCCUACAGUUACCAACAAUUUAGACUCCACAUCCGACCCUGUUAUUACUGAUUUAAAGGCUGUCCCAACUACGCCCAAUUCAGCGAAAUAA